UUAAAGAAUUCAUUGUCUGAACCUUUCUCCGUUCUUCUCUUCUCUUCCGUUCCAUUUCCGUUAUCUUCUCCUCUGCAACAAUGGUAAAUCAAUGAUUUUUUGUUUCUUAAAUUACAAAAAUGGUUUCAUCAGCUGCAGUGACAGCAACCACCUUAUUCAACCCAUCAUCAUCAUUAUCACCAUCUUCUUAUUCUUUCACUUCCCCUAUUUUCCCAAAACCUAACACCUUCACUCCAUCCAAAUCCAACGCCGUUAACGCCCUAUGCACCAAACCGAAAAUCCGAUCCAACGUCGCCGACAAGCUAAACAACAUCGCCUCUGAGUUUACCUCUCUCUCGCAACCCAUCGACCGCGUCAAACGCCUUCUCCACUACGCCUCCCUCCUCCCGCCCUUCCUUGACGCCGACCGGGUUCCGGCCAACCGAGUCGUUGGCUGCGCCACCCAGGUAUGGGUGGUGGCUGAGAUCGACGAGCGGCGGAGGAUGCGCUUCCGCGCCGACAGCGACUCCGAGAUUUCGAAAGGCUUCUGCUGGUGUCUGGUCUGGAUUCUCGACGGCGCGAAACCCGAGGAGGUCCUCAUGGUCGACAGGGAGGAUUUGGCCGACGUCAAUGUCGGAUUGGGGAUGAGUCUCAAGGCCCACUCCCGGACCAAUACGUGGCACAACGUUUUGUUCACCAUGCAAACUGCCGCCAAAGAUUUGCUCUGAAUUCACUUUUUCCCUCUCACUCAAAUUUUUGUGGCGGUAUUACGAUUGUGACAGGUUCGUUGGUGAAGAACAGAUAUGCAGAUGAUGAUAUCUGAUGUACACAUAUUGAGGUAUUUUAGUUAUUUAUUUUCUUUCCACCACUUGUUCUUUUGGUGAUUACAAAAUGUUGCUAAUGCUUGUGGCUGUAAAAAAAUUAUACUUUACUUUAGUAUGUGGGAUGUCACCCUAGAAAUUUUAAUUAUGUUAUCCUUACAUAAAACUU